AUGCUGUGUAAAAAUGCAGAUUCCUGUGCCCUCGAGAAAGCUAUCGAGCGGUACAAAAAGCUGCUCGAUCUCUACCAGGAGCAACCACAAGUGUUAAAGCCGGUCUCCGAAAAGUAUUUUUGCAAACUGCUGUCAUACGUUUUGGAAACGAGUUCCGAGGAUCCGCUUUACGACGAAAGCUUCAAGUAUAUGCGUCACCUGACCAAAGUGUUCGGAUACAAGUGGUUGAAUGAGGUGUUCGAGACACUUAAGCAUGACUGA